AUGGAGCAGGCCAUGCAGGCCGACGCCAGGAUCAACAAGAAGGCCGCGCAGCGCGGCAGCGCUGACGCGGCGGCCGCGGCGGAGCACACGACGGCCUGCAUCGUCGAGUUCUCUUCGUUGUCCGGCAUCAAGCCGGGCGCUUCCUUCCUGGGAUGGUUCCCUCCGGUCGACAAGCGCAACCGCAUGGAAGAGGCGCCGUACGAAUGCCUGCAGCUGCGCCUGGGCAUGGACAUGGACGUCAAGGCGGCUAGGAAGAAGGCCGACUCGUCGGACGAUGAAGAUGACGACGAGGACGACAAUGACGAGAGCGGCAUCUGGAACGACUGGUACGAGGACGAGGACGACAACCGCGUCGACCUGGACCACCCGAAGCGCCCGGCGCCGCUGCUCUGGCUGCGCUUCCCGCUGCACACCAUCCCGCCAAUGGGCAUGCCGCACGACGUCGGCGACAACGAGCUGGUCCACCUGCUCAUGCCCGCCUACGUCUUCCUGCCCGAGAAGAAGCCCGCCGACGACGACAACAACAAGUCCAACGCGGCCAUUGCCGGCGCCGCUGCCACCAAGCCCGCCUCCCGCUCCAGCAGCUUCGCUUCUUCCAGCAGCAGCAACAACAGUGUCGGCUCCACCGCAUCCAAGAACUUCUACCCCACCCCCACCAGUGCUCCCGACUCCGACUCCGCCGACGCCGACGCCGACGCCGACCACGGCAUCGCCGCCGGCAGCGUCAAGCUGACCCGCUACACGACCGCCUACACCCGCACCGGCUGGCAGCCGCCCCUCUACAUCCGCCAGGCCGCCGCCGAAUCCGGCAUCGACCCGCACGCGCUGUGCUACAUCGACAUCGCCCUGGGCUCGACGCGCCCCGGCGCCGUCGCCGUCGUGCCCGCGCGCAACAUGCAUCUGCGCUCGGCCGUCGAGAACGUGCUCACGAACGACCUGUACGACAUCGGCGAGUGCCUCCACCUGCGCGUGCACGCCGUGUGGAGCAGGAAGCUGGCGGACGCGGUCGAGCAGUUCGGACGCAGGGUCGAGAGCAGGGCGGAGAAGGCGGUUCGCGAGGGCGGCGUUGGUGGUGGCAAGAUGCAGGAGAAGAGGGAGACGGAUAGGUUGAGGAGGGCCUGUAUGCUGGCCUUGCCUGGCGAGGAGCGCUUCGGGAUCGAGGGAUGGGACAACUUUAUCAAGUGGAAGGCCCUUAAGAGAGGCAUGAAGAGGAUGAAGUGCGAUCACAAGCUCAGCACGACCGUGGAGAAGAUGGGACUGGUUGAGAAGAGCGGUUUGGAGAGCUCGGAUGAGAGUGAGGUUGAUGAGAUCGUGAUGGAGAACAAGAAGAAGGCCAAGACGAAGAAGGCCGAUGUGGGACCUGGAGCUAAGAAGCAGAAGGUCAGCCAUGGCGAUGGUGCCGAUUCUGUGAUCAAGUUCUCCGGCGGCAAGGCUCCAUCUAAGGGCAAGGGCAACAAGGCCUAA